AUUCGACUCACUAUCUCGUCUAUUGUUACCCGCAGCGUAUGCCACCAUUUCACUAAACUGAUGGGCAACGAGGGGUAUAAAGGCAAGGUACGCAUUGACAACGAGAACAAAUUGCUUUCUAUCACCGCUGAGCCCCGAGCAAAGGAAAAUCCGAACGGACGAAGGACCACAAAAACGCUCUCUGGCGGCGAGCGAUCCUUCUCGUUAGUGUGCUUUCUCAUAGCCAUCUGGAAUGCCAUGGAUUGUCCCUUCCGUGCCUUGGAUGAGUUCGAUGUGUAUAUGGACAUGUACAACCGGAAGUUGUCGUUGAGAUUGCUCACAAAACUUGCCAUUGGAUUGAAGAACCGACAGUUCCUGUUCAUUUCACCACAAAAUAUGGAUGGUUUGGUGGAGGGACCGAAUGUGCGGAUACAUCGAAUGAUAGAUCCUGAACGCGAUCAGCAACGCUUACCCUUUGUACCUGCACACUAUGUGCGUGAGUGAUGUCCGUCACACGUUUGAGUGGUAUUUUUCGCCAUUCAGCACACAGCAGCAGUAAUCUGCGGUUCAGCUAUUGACGAAUAUCAGCAGCGAUUGAUUUAUGACGCUAUAUGCAUUACAUACAUGUAUCAUGAAUAGGUGAAUAUAUUCACUCAUUUCAGUGAAAUCGCUCACUACUCAGAGAUUGACAAAGACCAAGGCGACCUAUAGUAAAUAAAUCCAGAACAAUAACUCAAGCA